AUGAAAGUAAAGGCACUCAUUCUUGUUGGUGGAUACGGAACAAGACUCAGACCACUCACCUUCUCUACUGCUAAGCCUUUGAUUCACUUUGCCAAUAAACCAAUUGUUGUCCAUCAAAUUGAAGCUUUAAAGAAGGCUGGAUGUACAGAAAUUGUUCUUGCUGUAAAUUAUAAGCCACAAGAAAUGAUUGAUGCUAUGAAGAAGUACGAAGAAAAGUAUCAAGUUAAGAUUACCUAUUCUGUAGAAAAUGAACCAUUAGGUACAGCUGGACCUUUGGCCCUUGCCAGGGAUAUUCUCGGUGCAGAUGAAACUGAAUACUUCUUUGUUUUAAAUUCUGAUGUUAUUUGUGAAUAUUCAUUGGAUGAACUUUUGGAAUAUCAUAAAAAUCAUGGAAAGGAAGGAACCAUUAUGGUAACUAAAGUUGAUGAUCCAAGUAAAUAUGGUGUAGUUGUUACACAAGAUGGAAAACAAGGUGAAAUUGAAAAAUUUGUUGAGAAACCAAAGACUUUCGUUGGCGACAGAAUCAACGCUGGUAUUUAUGUUUUUAGCACAAAAGUUUUGGAAAGAAUUGAAUUGAGACCAACCAGUAUUGAAAGAGAAAUCUUCCCAUUGAUGGCCAGGGAUAAGGAAUUAUAUGCAAUGGAUUUAAAGGGUUUCUGGAUGGAUAUUGGUCAACCAAAGGAUUACAUUACUGGUAUGUGCAUGUAUCUGUCAAGUGACAAACAUUUGAGAGAAAAUUCUCAACAUUUUGCUAAGAAUCCUGAGGAUGGAUCCUACAAGAUCAUCAAUGAAUCAACAGUUCUAUUGGGAGAAAAUGUCAAGAUUGGUAGAGGAGCUGUAAUUGGACCUAAUGUUGUUCUUGGUGAUAAUGUUACUAUUGGAGAAGGUGCUAGAGUUACUAGAUCAACAAUCUUUGAAUCAGCUCAUGUAAAGGAACAUGCUCUUGUAAAAUCUUCAAUCAUUGGUUGGAAAUCUUCGGUCGGUAAAUGGUCCAGAAUUGCUAAUGAUACAGUUUUGGGCGAGGAUACUCACGUUUCUGAUGAAGUCUUUGUGAACAACGUUAAGGUUUUGCCUCACAAGACUGUUGGUGAAGAUAUUUUGGAACCAGGUCAAAUUGUUAUGUAA